AUGUCGUCGGAGUGUAACAUUUUCGAUCCUCCCGUGCACGAACUCGAUUCAUUCUGGGGUAAGUUUGAUCUGGAGAGUGCUGUGGCCGGCGGGGUGUCUCGGAUGUUGUCGUGGAGCCUCAAGAGCAAGGAACAAGAGGUCUGUAAGCGCGAGGCCCAUAAGUUCAAAGUUGAGGAGUCUUCGAGUUCAUAG